AGAUUAGUAAACCUUUAACUCACGUAAAUGCAAUACAAAAAGAAAGCAAACAAGUUGUGUUUGCAUCCCAUAAGAAACACACACAAAAAAUAGCACCCAACAAAAAUAACCAAUACGAAGACCAACAAAAAAACCACAUACAAUACAAAACAACACAAACAAAAGCUCUCUACAAGCACAACAAUGGCUGAGCUUGAGAGCCCUGAGGUGAUGCCCAAGGUCAUAAACUUCCUCUCCUGUCUCCUCCACCGCGUCGCCGAGUCCAACGACACCACUUCCCGAUUGGAUACGCAGAGAAUUUCAGUGUUCCAUGGCCUCACAAGGCCUACCAUCUCCAUCCAGAGCUACCUUGAGAGGAUCUUCAAGUAUGCCAACUGUAGCCCAUCUUGUUUCAUUGUUGCCUACGUUUAUCUCGACCGUUUCACGCAGAAGCAGCCCUUGUUGCCCAUCAAUUCUUUCAAUGUGCACCGCUUGCUUAUUACUAGUGUUUUGGUGUCUGCAAAGUUUAUGGAUGACAUGUAUUACAACAAUGCUUACUAUGCUAAAGUUGGAGGAAUAAGCACCACAGAAAUGAACCUUCUUGAGGUGGACUUCUUAUUUGGUUUGGGGUUCCAAUUAAAUGUGACACCCAACACCUUCUACACCUACUGCUCUUAUCUUCAAAGAGAGAUGCUACUCCUCCAAUCCCCUCUACAUUUAGAAGAACCCACUCUAAAUUUGGAGAGACCUAUAAAGCUCCAUUGCUGCUUCAAUGAAGAUGAUUCCACCCAUCAAAAACAACUUGCCGUCUAGGCACUUUUGGAAGGUCUGCCCAAUGAUUCUACAACAAGAAUUUGGUAAUAGUUAUGUGGGCUCAAACUGCUCAAACUCCAUCUGGACUUGGGGGAUUGUGAGUAGGUACAUUGGUAACCAAGGAGUCAAAAUUUCCCAUUUGACAUGUGAGGCUCAUAAUCCCAUGCACUCAUUAUACAUUUGGUCAAGCUCUUUUUACAUGGGUUCCUACAUUUUCCCAGUGUACUUUUUCCUUCUUUUUUUUUGUUUUAAUUUUCUUCUUAGGGUUAUGAAUUUUGGACCAUUUUAUUUUUGUUUUGUUAAAUAGUAGUAGAUUGUUGUUGUUCCUUUCCUUAAUUGGUGGUUUUGUACAGAUGGACAUUUUGUGUGUGUUUACAGAGUGGCUAACAUGAUCAAA